AUGUUUUUAACAAAAUUAAUAUAUGUUCUAUUAUUUUUUUCAUCCUUCUGUACAGCUAAUCGUUGGUAUCGAAUGUUUUAUUCAAAUCAUCACGAUCCAUGUAUCGAUCGUCAUAAUCGCUAUCAACGUUGUAUACCUGAUUUUAUAAAUGCAGCUUUUCAUAAAUCAAUUUAUGCAUCAUCAACAUGUGGCAAUCCUGUUAGAGAAUUUUGUUCAAAUAAAAGCGCAUGUCAUCUAUGCGAUUCAUCUCAAAUAAAUACAAGUUACCCAACAGAUUAUUUAACUGAUAUUAAUAAUCCAAAUAAUUUAACAUGUUGGCAAUCCGAUUUAAUUAAACCAGGAGAAAAUGCUUCAUUAGUAUUAUCGUUGAAUAAAAAAUUUGAAUUAACGUAUAUUAGUUUACAAUUUUGUUCAGAUAUAAAACCUGAUUCCAUGGCUAUUUUUAAGAGUAUGGAUAGGGGUUUGUCUUGGAUACCAUUACAAUAUUAUUCAAAUAAUUGUGAAGAGGUUUUUAAUAAAAGUUCAUUUGGACUAAUAACACGUUCGAAUGAACAAGAAGCUUUAUGUAUUGAUACGAAAUCACAAUUAUCAUCAUCAAACAGUGACUCACGUAUUGCAUUUAGUACACUUGAAGGUCGUCCAUCCGCUUACGAAUUCGAUACAAGUCCAGUUUUACAAGAUUGGGUUACAGCAACCGACAUUAAAAUUGUUUUAUUAUCAACCAAUUCAGAUAAAAACUUUUAUUCUAUAGCUGAUUUUUCUGUUGGUGGACGAUGUAAAUGCAAUGGACAUGCAUCAAAAUGUAUUACAAAUAGUGAUGGCCAUUUAGUGUGUGAUUGUAAACAUAAUACAGCAGGUGAUGAAUGUGAAAGAUGCAAAGAUUUUCAUUUUGAUCGGCCAUGGACUCGUGCAACACCUCGUGACGCAAACGAAUGUGUCGCAUGUACUUGUAAUAAUCAUUCACGGCAAUGUCGUUUCAAUAAAGAACUCUAUCUUCUAUCGGGACGAAAAUCAGGUGGAAUAUGUAUACAAUGCAAACAUAAUACAGUUGGUCGUUAUUGUAAUUAUUGCAAAGAAACAUUUUAUCAAGAUCCAAAUUUGCCAAUAACACAUCCAGAAAUUUGCAAAGCAUGUAAUUGUCAUCCGGUGGGUUCACGUGGUAAAGUUUGCAAUCAAACAACAGGACAAUGUUUAUGUAAAGAUGGUGUUACAGGUUUAAGAUGUGAUCGAUGUGUGAAAGGUUAUCAACAAACAAAAUCACCUGUUGCUCCAUGCAUUAAAACAUAUGAUACUAAACUAUCGACAUUGUAUAAUAUCUAUCAUCGACCUGACGAUACAGAUGAUUAUCAUGAACAAGAUGUAAAUGUUGAGAAUAAUCCAACAGCUGCAACAACAACAACAGCAACAACAACAGUCCAUCAAACACUUUCAGAAUAUCAUCCACCAAUAGAUAUGGGACAAUAUUGUGGUGCUUGUCGUUAUUAUAGUCAUCGUUUACAUAUAAAAAAAUUUUGUAAACGAGAUUACACUAUUCAUGCACGUGUAACUAAUCGGCAUGAUGCUGGCCAAUGGGUAUCCUAUUUAUUAACUAUUAUUCGUGUUUAUAAAGAUCGACUUAAUCGUAUUCAAGAUAGUGAACAAUGGGUUUGGGUCUCACGUAAAGAUGUUGAAUGUUCAUGUCCACGUUUACAACUCGAUCGACAAUAUUUACUAAUGGGUUUUUAUGAUCAAACACAAUCAUCAUUAAGUCUUGAUCAUACCUCAGUUGUGAUCCAAUGGAGACCCCGUAUGGAACAACGUAUGAAUCGAUUUCGAAAAUUAGAAUUAAAUAAAAAAUGUUAA